AUGGCGUCUGCUCCUGACGUGAUGGCUUCUCCGUAUGACACAAUGGCACCAGACCUCGCUUGCUGCCUGGCACUCGUCCCCUCCACCUGCCUCGCUUCCCCUUGGAUCCACUUGGGCAUGCGCCGCGCGGGAGUCACGGGCAGCCUGUGUACACUGGAGCUUGAAGGGCGGGAGCGGGAGGCAGCGGGAGUCAAGCUGAGGGUGGGACACAAACAGGCUCCAGAUUCCAGCAGAGAGCCAGUCAGGGUUAUUAUGCAGGAUCCCAGCGCCUCCACAGACAUCAAUGAUAACGACAACGAUCCCUUCCCUCGCGACAACGGCGACAACAGGCACGGGACGCGAUGUGCUGGGGAGGUCGCUGCUGUCGCCUUCAACGACUUCUGCGGCGUGGGUGUGGCUUACAACAGCAGCAUCGGAGGAGUGCGCAUGCUUGACGGGACCGUGAAUGAUGCUGUGGAGGCGCAGGCCAUCUCCCUCAACCCAGAGCACAUCGACAUCUUUUCUGCAUCCUGGGGCCCCGAGGAUGACGGCAAGACGGUGGAUGGGCCCGGGCCUUUGGCCAAGCGGGCCUUCAUCAAUGGUGUCAUUAGGGGCCGCCAUGGCAAGGGUUCCAUUUUUGUUUGGGCGUCAGGGAAUGGUGGACGCCACACUGAUAAUUGCAACUGUGAUGGCUACACCAACUCCAUCUUCACUCUGUCCAUCUCCUCUGCCUCUCAGAGAGGGUAUAAGCCGUGGUACCUGGAAGAAUGCUCGUCCACCCUGGCCACCACCUACAGCAGUGGCACACCUGGCCUUGACAACAGUGUGGCCACAGUAGACAUGGAUGGCCUUCUUAGACCUGGGCAUAUGUGUACCGUUGAACACACAGGGACAAGUGCCUCAGCUCCACUGGCAGCUGGCCUGUGUGCCCUUGCCCUAGAAGCCAACCCUGACCUAACCUGGCGAGACAUGCAGCAUCUCGUGGUCAUGACCUCCCGCCCUGACCCGCUCAAGAACGAGGAUGGAUGGUUCAUCAAUGGUGUUGGUCGGAAAGUGAGCCAUAAAUUUGGCUAUGGGCUGAUGGAUGCUGGGAAGCUGGUGGAGCUGGCUGAGAGAUGGACCACUGUUCCUCCACAACAUGUUUGUCAGAGCGUCAAGGACAGGACAGAAAGAGGCAUUCCCACCAUAAUGGGAGAGUCCGUGGUGGCUGAGAUAACAACAGAUGGUUGCGCAGGAACUUCAGCUGAAGUGCGUUACCUGGAACAUGUCCAAGCACGGGUCUCACUGCGUUUUCUGCCACGUGGGAACAUAAAUAUCAAGCUUUUAUCUCCUUCAGGGACGGCAUCGACUCUUUUGUUUGAGAGACCACGAGAUGUGUUUUCAGAAAAAUUUAAUGACUGGCCUUUCUUGUCAGUCCACUUUUGGGGAGAAAAAGCAGCAGGGACUUGGAAACUUAUUGUAACAAAUGCUGGGACUCGACAGGUGCAUCAUCCUGGUGUGCUGAUCCAGUGGCAGUUAAUCUUGCAUGGAACGAGGGAACGUCCCGGCCGCCUGCGCUCCGAUGAGUUUCACCGUGCGGACCCUUUCUCUUCCAUCUCUCCACCCGUGGCCACUCAGUCCUUCUCGAGACCUGUGUUUAGGGCAUCUAAUAAUCCUUUCACUGCAAGCAUCCUUGAUCAGAUAUUCUCAGGGUCAAGUCCAAAUGCCACCUACACCACAGCUGAUGGGAAUAUUGUGACAGAAACCAAACAAGCAGCCACAUCUGAAAGGGAAGAUCUGAAUAAUUAUGUAGAGUCUGAGGUGUGUCACAGCCAGUGCUUAGGAGGCUGCUCUGGUCCUGGUCCAGACAUGUGCAGAUCAUGUGCACACUAUCAGCUUGAAGGGGAAUGUGUUGAAAGCUGUCCAGAGGGAACAUAUGCCUCAGAAGGAGGUGACUGUCUUGGUUGUUACGGUCACUGUGCCAUGUGUAGUGGCCCUGCUCCGAAUCAAUGCUUGGCAUGUCAAACAGGCUACCUUUAUGUUCUCCACAUGGGGCUCUGUGUGGAAGUUUGCCCAGAAGGAUAUUAUGCAGGUAAUGGGAGCUGCCUGAUGUGUGGAGGCCUGUGCACUGAGUGUACAAACCCUGAGCACUGCCUGAGGUGCAGCCACAAUCUACUUCUCUCCAAUGGGUCCUGUCUCACCUCCUGUCCCGAAGGUUUCUUUGAGAACCAUGAUAACACAUGUGGUUCGUGCUUCCCACAGUGCAAAACAUGUGUAGGAGGAAGUAGUUCUGACUGUGCUUCAUGCAGAUCUAACUCUUUCCUCCAUGAUGGAAAGUGUGUAUAUCGGUGCCCCAAAGGUUUGUAUGGAGAUCAAGGCUCUCGGAGUUGUAAAACAUGUCCCAGUGGGUGUGCCUCGUGCAUGGGUGACUCCUGCAUUACCUGCAGUGACGGCUGGAGAAUGAAGGGCAUCCACUGUGUUGCACAGCCAACCCAGUGCAGCAUACGAUACUUUUCUGCUCCAAAUGGAAGCUGCCAGCCAUGCCAUCCUUCCUGCUUCUCCUGCACUGGGAACACUGCCUCAGAAUGUCAUCACUGUGAACAGUCCUACUACCUGCACAAUUCUCAUUGUGUUCAGGAAUGUCCCCAGGGAUUUUAUGGAAAUCGUGGCAGAUGUUUGCCGUGUCGGCACGGGUGUCAAUCUUGUUCCUCAUACGCUUCGUGCAGCCAGUGCUCUUUCCCAUUCCUUCUCUACAACAACAGCUGCAUUGCCUCUUGUCCUGCAAGAUUCUUCAGUGAUAGAGGAGUGUGUUCUCCUUGUGAGAGAAACUGUAAAACAUGUUAUGGGCCUCGAGAAGACCAGUGUGCCUCAUGCCUUAAUGGUUCAUUUUUACUUAAUACAUCCUGCCAUGGUUCUUGUCCCUCCUCUCACUACCCAGAGGGAACAGAAUGCCUUCCCUGUUACCAAAACUGUUUGACUUGCAGAGGUUCAGGCCUUUAUGACUGCACCUCCUGCCAUGACUUCUUCACUCUUGAUGGUGGGAUGUGCAUUGAGUGUCCAUCUGGGCAGUAUUAUAACCUCAGCUCACAGGCAUGUGAGACGUGCAGUGAUACCUGCCUGACUUGCUCUUCUGGAGGAGACAGUGGUUGCACUUCCUGCCAGCCGCCUAAGUCCCUUCACCCAGAGACAAGCACCUGCAGGGAUUGUUGUCCACCAGGGGUGUAUGAAAAUGAUGAUGAAGCCUCUUGUUGUUCUUGUGAUCCUGCAACUGGCCAGUGUUAUGGUGCUGUCUCGGCUGACAAGAGAAGAAUAGCGCUAAGUCUUCACUCCACACCCCAGCAGUCUCCACACAAACAACUUUACUUCUACUCUGUCACUACACUCAUUGCUGUCAUUUGUUUCGUCAAUCUUGUGAUAUUUGGUGCAGUGUUCACCGUGCUCCAGGCAAGAUCAACAGGAUCCCUGUGCUGGGCAAAUGACUAUUCAUACAGAGGUUUAAAAUCUGCGAACACUUUAGAACGUGUGUCAUUAACAGUAACACCUUUUAUAGAGGAUGAGUCUGAAGAAGAAAGAGAAAAUACAGUGCUCUAUCUGAAAACCUAGGAAACUGAUAAGUGAUAAUUGAAUGUGUGAGUUUUUAUCCUGCAAAAAGGUAAUGCAAAAGUUCUACCUAGCAUUAAAACAAGUGUUGAUUGUACCUGUCAUGAUGACUUCAUGUUAGAUCCUUCCCUUAUAUAAGAAUCCUCAGGUUUUUGGUUUUUCUUAGAUCAAGGCAAAUACUGUGUUUUGUGCUGUGUGAUUGAGGCAGAACUUUUUUAUGUGUGUCCAAAAACCACAGGACUGUUUCUUAUUAAAAUGUAUUAGUAAAUUUUCUGUGGUAAGGAGGAAUGCUUCACAUUUGAGACAGCUUCACUCCAUGGCACUAGCAUAUCAUGGGCAAUGACCUGUAGGUGAACUUACAAGAUCCUGAUGUCCAACAUGGAUUUACUGAACUUAAAGAUUAGUCCAGUAGUUACAUUGAAGUACUGGAACUGUGUAUUACACCAGUAAACCAUACAUGUCAAGGAUUAUGGAAAAAAUAUCUUGAGAUGUUGAAAAUUUGAUUACAAUAAAGAAGAAAUAAUGGUGAAAUUAUAUCCCUCAUAUAAGUUAUGUAUAUCAGGAUUUGUAAAAAGUCAUAGUUCAUUUGACUUGUGACUGAAUUGGUUUGUUUCAUUGAAAUUCUUUUAUAUAACCAAGUUGCUAUAUUUGCAUUACAUUAUAUACAACAUGUUUUAAAGUUUGACUAUAAUUCAAAUCUCUUUUAAUGCUCAGAGCAUGCUACAUUUUGGGUCUGUGAAGACUUGGGAAAUCUCCAAAAGAAUGUGGUGUGUGAGAGAGCUAAUCCUCAUGAAUCUUCUUUUAAGUUAAUCAGUCUUUUAUGCUGUUCUCAAAAAAUACUCAAUUAUAAUGCUGAAGUAGUCUAAGAACCCUUAGUUCAAAAGUUUCAUAACAAUGAAAGGUAUGCAUUAAAGCUGAUACUGGAGCCAUACUGAAGCUAAAUUGUUAUGGCAUUUUCCACAAUAAUGACAAUUUUUAUACUUUUUAAGAAAAUUGAUGAUAUGUACUUAUAUCUUUAAUGAAAGAUGAUUCCUCAGGUUAUUAACAAAUUUUUAUUUCAUCUGGCUUGUUUCCCUUUUCUUGCAUCUCAUUCAUUUUGGUGAAUGAGGAGCGACAUGGAAUAAUUAUCAGUAAAAAGUGACAGAUAUAAUUUUAGAAAAGAAACAUGAAUGAUGGGGACAUUCAUUACCUUGUAAACAGUGAUGUACAUAAAGAAAAAUUAAUGUGUAAAGAAUAAUUCUUGGUUUAGGUAAUUAUUUUUAUUUUUGAUAUUGGCAAAUAGCAAAUUAGAAUUGGCAAUGAGCAACAGUUUUUUUAAAUACCUUUACGAAAAUAAGCACAUCAUGUCUUUUUUUAUUACCAAAUUUACUGUUCAAGCAUCUCUGCUGAUUACUGUGCAUUGUUCAGUUUCCUCUCGUACAGAUUCUUCUUAAAAGAAAAGUUGAUCAGAAUUCCUAUUCAUAACAUUUACAGCGACUGAGUGUCCUCAUUUUCCUCCUCAACUAAUAGUAACUGAUCUCGGAUCUUUACUUAGUCUAAGUUUGGAAAGGAAUAUGCUUUUAAUUUGUCCCAACAUUUUGCAAUGAAAGACAGAGACAGUGCUCUGUAACACUUCAUUGACAUAAACAGUAGUUAACCACAGUUCAUAUUUCUAUAAUGCAUAAGAUGCAACAAAAGCUCUCUUAGGCAUGAAGUCAGUAAUAUAUAUAUAUAUAUAUAUAUAUAUAUAUAUAUAUAUAUAUAUAUAUAUAUAUAUAUAUAUAUAUAUAUAUAUAUAUAUAUAUAUAUACUUUUUUUCUCAUAUAUACAAUUGUUUGAAGAUCUGAAAGUUAGGGAGACCAAACCAAUCUAUGAUUAUAACAAUAUAUGAUUACCUUUAUGAUUCUGAUUGUUUUGUUCUGUAGUUAACCCCAUUGUAUGUGAGAAAUUUCCAUUGAAGGAUUGAGAAAAGUAAUAUCUGAUAGUGUUAGCUGUCAAAAAUUAUACAUGUAUAGUGUUUAAGAGAGCCUUUGGUCUCCUCUUUGAUAUAUGGGAACAAUUUCACCAAUGUUUUGUACAUGUUGGUUACAUUAAUAGUAUUAUGAUUUCAUGAAAGGUGCAGUAAAAAAUUAAGACAUUCAUUACUAAGCCAUUUACCAGUCACUUAAUUUGCAUAUGCACAUUGAAAAUUUGUAAACACUGUACAUUUUUAUAUUUUUAUACAAGGUUAAGAAAAAAUUAUUUGUAAAAUUUGUGAAGCAUUCAUCAUUAAAUUGGUUUUAAGUAUAGACUUUCAGAAUGUUAUUUAUAUAAAAGAAGUAUGGUGCUGUUGCAAUACUAGAUCUUAACUCUUGUGAUAUACCACCGGGCAUCACUGACCCACUUUGACUUAGGAUGUCAGUCUUGUUUGCUUAGUUGUUUCUUUUGACCAAGUAAGAAACAUAUAUGAAUUUACCAUUAACUUGUAUAAGUUUGGGGAACUACAAGCAGGAACUGUAAAAAUUGACUUGGUUAAUGGGAAAAUAUGUAUUGAGAAAUCUGUGAUGGAAGGAUGAGCUCACCAGUGUGUGGACAGUGACUGGUGGUGACAUGUUUAAGAAAGGCUGAUGUUUGCUGAUUGUGUUAUAGUGUAUGGUGAAGUUACCAUAGUAUAUACAUAUGUGAUAUUGAGCUUCUAUGUGACAUCUGAAAAAAAGAGAAAAAGAAAACAAUUCUAGUCAUAAAUCCAUUUCUGAGGCAUUUAAUGGUGACUAGUAAUGACAAACUAUGUAAUGAGGAGCUGCUGAGGAGAAGGUAAUGAAAGAGUGGAUGACUUGACGAAGAUAAUGACAAACAGCAAAUAGUCAUGGAACAGUCUCUAGUGUAGAUGUGUUUCAUGUCACAAACAAGGACAUAAUGCCUUGUCAUAGGGUGGCCUUAUGAUUAACAUUAGGUAGUACUUUUAUAUUGCCCAUAGUAGAAGUAUGGAUGUAUGACAAAGUUUUACAUACAUGUGUUUACAGUUGUCUUUAUUUUUCUUUGUUCAUGUGUACCAUUGUCUUCCUUAAUUUUUCUUUAUUCAAGAAGAUGUGAUAAAACUUUACAAAUGUGUACGUAUCUGCAUCAAAUGUAGUUCAUAACUUAUUGCAGUGUUUAUGUCACAGCAGCUGAAGAAAAGAAUUCAAUUUUUCUCAUUCAUUCUCUACAUAUUGAAUUGUGAUUUCAGAAAAAAAAAUUAUCCAUGAAAAUAUAUCUGAAAUUAGUAUGAAAUCAUAUAUUAUAUGAAAAUAUUACAUUGUUUACAGUUUUAUUAGGUUUUAAUCACGAUACUGUAUAAAGCUAAGGAGUUUCAUAUAUGGAUUUAUAGAAAUACAUUGUUGAGAAAAUCAUAUCAACCACUUUCAAAGCUAUCAGCAUAAACAUUUGUAUGCUAUAUUCAUUUCUCAAAAUAUGUAUUUGUUAAAUAAUGAAGCAUAUUUUUUUCAAUUGAAGUUAAUAAGUUAAUACUUCAUGUACAGUGCUGUAUUCCAGAACAAGGAUGCUGCUUCUUGUGUCAAACUCUGGAGUUAUUGAUGAUGGAAUGUAUGAUUUUUUAAACAUUUUGAUUUUGUUAAGUCAUAUGAUAAGAAGCUAGCAUAUUAAUUCAUAUCAGACAUGUUAAUGUAUGUCAGAAAAGAAAACAUGAUUAUAAACAUUAGUUUAAUUCUGCCCAUCACCUUAACACCUAGAUCCUGGCCUAGGUAACUAGUCAUUAUACUACUGUAUGAAUAAAUCACAAUCAGUAGGUCAAACCAUAUAUACUGAGACGACUGUUAGGGUGCCAGAGUGUGAAAUAGUUUUUAUAUAUGCUUGGUAUCCUGUACAUUUUCAAACCAGCCAUGUACAAGGAUUAAGAUUAAUUUAGCUUCUUGGGAUGUUAUGGCUCAUACAACUGUGUGAAUGUGAUUUUAUAGGUGUUAUGAUAUUACUGCCCCUUAUAUGAAGGUUCAGUUUUGGGUAAAUAUUACUUUACAUUUCUCACAACUGCAUAUUAUGGAGUGUCACGUGCAAUAGAACAUCAAAAACAACCAUAUACUGUGUCUGCUGAGCUUGCAUGUCAGCAAGUAUACAUAUUCCUUUUUAGUUGCAUAUCAACAAACAACACCUGCUUCUGGAAAAGAAAAACUAGGCUAUAUCAAAUGUUAAUUGCCUUACUACAUGGACCGGUGAUAUAAAACUGUUAUGUACAUACGUACAUAUUCAUGCUAAGUGAAUUCAGCUUGGUUAUUUUUUUAUUUAUUUUUUUUUUUACUUAUUUUACUUUUCUUAUGAAUGAUGAUAAACACUUUUCUAAGAAGGUGGCCAUGAAAGUUGCCGUGGUGUGUUCAGUAGUGUCCACCUCCCGUCCUCCCACCGUGCGGGGCUCAGUGUUACAUUGCUGUGAGGGGCCGGUGCUCACGAGGCCCACCAUGAGUUGAGGGCAGUAUUAUUAUUACACGUAAACUUUACUGUUCACAAUCUGUGCGGUAAGACCGUGAAUGACAUAACAAUAUAUAAUCUGUACAUAUCUUAGGAAUAUAUAUAUUUAAUAAAAGUGUUAUACGUU